ACCUUUUUAGAAUGUGAAAAUAUUAACACCCAGUAUUAAUACCUUUUUAGUAGAAUGAAAUACGAGUCUAUGGCCAGAUUUUUAAAGCAAAACUUAUUUCAGACUUUGGCUGUGAAGAGAUAAAGUUGGUGGUUUCACACUAUACAGAAACCCUCAGUAGAGCUGAUAGGUGUUUUGACCCUGAAGAAGCACUUAGUGAGUGGCAACUUCUGAAAAAGGCACUGACAAAAAGAUAUGGUACAAGCUUAGCCAAAAAAUCAUGGGCUAACAUCUAUGACGAGGUUAUAGACGAGGAACUCUGUAUGAUUAUGUUGGUGAUCCACCUGCUGCUAAGUCUGCCACCUACAAGUGUUUCUUGCGAAACAAGUUUUUCGCAGAUGAAACUGGUAAAGACAAAUCGCCGCACACGCUUGCAAGCAAAGACAUUAAAUGAUCUGAUGGUUGUAAAGUUGCAGUCACCUGGUAUCGACAAAUUUAACCCUGAUGAAGGAAUUGAUAAAUGGCUGACAACAUCGGCUAAGCCCAGGAAGCCAGGAUAUAGACGAACUAAAGCAGCCAGCAAAUCUGAAGCUGCAGAGGCUGAGUGUAUCAGCGAUACAGAGGAUUUUGAUGACGAGGAAGAUUUUGAGGAUGCUAUAGAUUACAUAAAUGAACUUUGUGGGGGGAAAGACGGGGAUGAUACAGAAAAUAAAUAUGAAGACUUGAUGUCAGAAAUAUGUUUUAAUUAAUGUGGAAAUAAACUCAAGGGAUCAAAUGAACUUUGGGGGGUGUGGACAACGAUAAAAUAGAAAACUGUAUAAAUCUACUGAGUAAAAUGAUUGUUUGGUUUGUAAACAGUGUUAAUUAAUAUGUUGAA